GAUAUUUAUUAGCUAUUUGAAUCCUUAUUUCACACCCAAGCGAGAUGUUGAUCAAGGAUUUGUGCCCCUUCAAAAAGACACUUUAUUUACCGACCAGGGAUUUCCGGAGUCUUCUAAGUUCACCUUUUCAAAUAAAUGCGUCUGUUGAGACUGUCAAGGGGAAGUGCGUGAAGGUUAGCUAUAUGAUCAUGGAGAUUCCUCUGUUUGCGUCUAUAAUAGGGAUUGAGCUGCGAAUGAUAGAACUUCUGCUUUCUGAUGGCUUUAAAGGCUGCUCAACUGUCUUCCUCCAGAACCUUGAUGGCCAGGGUAGACCCUGUAGUGAACCAUUUGCCUUAUAUAGCGCUAAGGAUGGCUUAAUAUCCAACUGUCAGCUUAGAAUACCCUUACAAGGUGGAGAGAAGGUUCAAUUACUUUUUGUUUGCGAUAAUACUCUAAAUAAAAAUAUAACACCCACGAUUUACAUAUCUGGCGUUUGUAUGUUAGUGCCCGGCAGGGUCAAACUCUCGAAAACUGAUGGGACAAAGCUGAACAAAUGGACUAGUAAUCGUUGGGUAUUCCAAACUAGUGAAAGUUCUUUUAUUCCUAGUGAUGGAUAUAAAUCCAAUGUCUUAGUGCCAAAAUCAAGAAAAAGGGAUCGAUCUUCCAGCGAUGAACCACCACAACUUAUACAUGCUUUCGUAAUGGGAGGUGAUGAUGAAAGCUAAAACAUCACAGAAGUCUCUCCGAUUUUUUCUUGACUGAGAUGGUGCUUAGGCAUCUAAUAUGAUAAAUUACAAGCGCGACUCGUUAAUAAA